AGCUCCCAGCCUGGAGCCUAAGCAUACACUGCAUUAAUCAGACUUGCUGGAAUGAUCACAUGGUUUUCUAGCUGCCUCCCCUGUUAGCUGCUGCUUUUCAGCAGCUGGCAGAGCUGGAGGCUGCAGGCCCCUGUCUGCAGAAAGCCUUUUACUUCAGAAUAUUGGGGGAGUGUGGAAACCCCACCUCUUUUUUCUGCACUUUGCACCAUCUAACUGACUAAAUGGUUGUCCUGCAAACCAAAAAGGCUACCAGACAAUCUAAGGAAAUUGUCUCUGACUAGGUCAUGUUUGCAUUUGAAGAAUUCAGUGAACAGAGUAUCUGCCAAGCCCGGGCUUCCGUGAUGGUCUACGAUGACACCAGUAAGAAAUGGGUACCAAUCAAACCUGGCCAGCAGGGAUUCAGCCGAAUCACCAUCUACCACAACACUGCCAGCAACACCUUCAGAGUGGUUGGAGUCAAGCUUCAGGAUCAGCAGGUUGUGAUCAAUUAUUCAAUCGUGAAAGGGCUGAAGUACAAUCAGGCAACACCAACCUUCCACCAGUGGCGAGACGCCCGCCAGGUCUACGGCUUAAACUUUGCAAGUAAGGAAGAGGCAACCACGUUCUCCAAUGCCAUGCUGUUUGCCCUGAACAUCAUGAAUUCCCAAGAAGGAGGCCCCUCCGCCCAGCGUCAGGUGCAGAAUGGCCCCUCUCCUGAUGAGAUGGACAUCCAGAGAAGACAAGUGAUGGAGCAGCAGCAGCGUCAGGAAUCUCUCGAGAGAAGAACCUCAGCCACAGGACCCAUCCUCCCACCAGGGCACCCCUCAUCUGCAGCCAGCGCCCCCCUCUCAUGUAGCGGGCCUCCACCCCCACCCCCACCCCCUGUCCCGCCUCCACCCACAGGGGCCACCCCCCCUCCCCCACCCCCACUGCCAGCCGGAGGAGCCCAGGGUACCAGCCACGACGAGAGCUCUGUGUCAGGACUGGCCGCUGCCCUGGCUGGGGCCAAGCUGAGAAGAGUCCAGCGGCCAGAAGAUGCAUCUGGAGGCUCCAGUCCCAGCGGGACCUCCAAGUCUGACGCCAACCGGGCGAGCAGCGGGGGUGGAGGAGGAGGCCUCAUGGAAGAAAUGAACAAACUGCUGGCCAAGAGGAGAAAAGCAGCCUCCCAAACAGACAAGCCGGCUGAUAAAAAGGAAGAUGAAAGCCAAACGGAAGAGCCGAGCACCUCUCCAUCUCCAGGGAGCCGAGCAGCCAGCCAGCCGCCUAACUCCUCAGAGGCUGGCCGGAAGCCCUGGGAGCGGAGCAACUCGGUGGAGAAACCCGUGUCCUCGUUACUGUCCAGAACCCCGUCUGUGGCAAAGAGCCCCGAAGCUAAGAGCCCCCUUCAGUCGCAGCCUCACUCUAGGAUGAAGCCGGCGGGGAGUGUGAAUGACAUGGCCCUAGAUGCCUUAGAUUUGGACCGGAUGAAACAGGAGAUCCUCGAGGAGGUGGUCCGAGAGCUUCACAAAGUAAAGGAGGAGAUCAUCGACGCCAUCAGGCAGGAGCUGAGUGGGAUCAGCACCUCGUAGUGCGCCUGGCCCCUGCCGCUGCCCGAGACGCCGGUCCACCUGACGGCGGGGGACAGCGAGGAACCCGGCCGGCCCCAGGCCUUCAGCACACACAAGCACGCACCGAAGCUAGGAUGUGCUUCGUUGAAAGAUCUUAACCUGUGAUAAAAUAUUAAAAUGAGGAAAAAAGUUUAAUUCCUGGAUUUUUUAGAUUCUACCUGACACAGAACACCAGGUCUACUUUUUUUGUAUUUUAUAUUUGCCUAUUUAAGUGUACAUUUCUUUUGGUUUAUAGAGAAGACACCCCCAAAUCACACUUCAUUAGAUGGUUUCCAGGUUUUCUCCUAGAUGACGCUGUUAGCACCUUGGCUGGCAGUGGCGAGCUGUCCACACACAGCUCCGUCCCCACAUCACAGUGUGAGGGUCUGUCCACGCCCCGCGGUGUCUGUGUCCACGUGGUAAUAAACGCUUACUGUCCACA